CACCUCCGCAUUUGCUCUCCUUGUUGCGACGCACACGCACACGCACACGCACACGUAUCACAAUCGAAGGUCCUCGUCCUCGUCGCCUUCAUCGUCGUCGUCGUCGUCGUCGUCCUCGCAUCGACCUCUUCGCCAUUUCGCCAUCGCCUCGAGGUUGGCAACAAUGGUGGGCUCGAGGUCGACGCUCCUUGCCGUGUAAAAAUGACACCUUUUUCUUUUAAUAUUACCAGAGGAGUAGGUCAAAAAACCCCUACCUUCGGGCACCGUCGCGUUUAGGGGUUGUUGACCUCGUAGCCCUUAAAUUCGAAGCCGAGGACGCUUCGGGCACCGUACCCUCGCCUUUUCCCCCCUCCAAUUUCGCUAGGGUUCGCUUCGAGAUUAGGGUUUCGUGGGGUUCCCCUGUUUCGCCCCCUGUUUUUGGGUCCCGGGAAAGGGGAGAAUUUUCUGAGGGUUUGUGGAUAAGGUUGUGGUGAAGGAUAAGGAAAUGGGGUUAUAAAACGGUUGGCUAGGGUUUGAAUCUCGUAAUAUUGGCCCUUGUUCGCCAAAAUUUCCCAAAUUUUUGGGGGGGAUUUAAGUGUUUGAUUGGGAGGUUUCGCUCAGUGGUAAUGUCGCCGACAUUGUUAGCUCGGAAGGGCCGCCACCGACAACGCUACGACAACAAUUAUCGGCUUGUCGCAGGAUGUAUUCCUUAUAGACUCAAGGAAGAAGGGGAGAGUCCCUGUUGCAAUUUGGUUGAGAAGUUGGAAGUGCUAAUGAUCUCUACGCCGAAUAGGAGUGAUCUCGUCUUCCCGAAAGGUGGGUGGGAGGAUGAUGAGACUGUCCACGAAGCAGCUUGCCGCGAGGCUUUGGAGGAAGCAGGAGUUAGGGGUAAUAUCAAUGAAAAUCCAUUAGGAGAAUGGAUAUUCAGAAGCAAGAGUAGGCAAAACAGCUGCAGCUCCGAUGGAGCUUGUAAAGGUUAUAUAUUUGCGCUAGAAGUUACGGAGGAGCUCGAGUAUUGGCCUGAGCAGGCGAACCACGGACGACAAUGGGUCCCUGCAGCCGAAGCCUAUGACCUGUGCCGGUAUGACUGGAUGCGACAAGCUCUCGACUCAUUCAAAGAGCUUCUCUCGAGGAAAGAUCAGCUUCCGACUUCUAACCCUCCGGAAUUUCUGGAGCUUCUGUCAAAGAGGGAACUGCAGUCUUCUGCUGCCGAAAUACCCGAACCGUCGAGCUUGUACAUGCUGAUGCCUUCUGCCACAGCUGAGCACGCAAUCGCGUUGUGCUGAUGUAACACCUGCUUAAGCCAAAAACGCUUUUCUUCGAAAUAACUCUGUUUAGCUCGCUGAUGCUGGGGGGUCGGAAAUGGGUGUGUGUAAAGUCUCAGACUCGCAGUCGCAGGCAUUUUUAAGUCAGUCAGUUUGGAAUUGGUCUGGUUUCAUGGUGAGGGGCAAACUGGUGAUGUUGAGAAGGCUCCAAACCAUUUGAAUGGUUGAUCAAUCCAAUGCCUGUUACUGGGAGUCCAUGAGAAUCCUAAUUGUGGUGGAGUGUGUUAAAAAUGUUCACUGAAACAUUUAUUACUGUAUCAGGCCAUGUUGUAUCUUAUCUCACUAUGUCUUUUAAGAAAAUAUUUCACCUAAUUGCUACUGAAAUGUGUAUAAAGUUCUCCAUUUUCGGUGUUUUAUU